GGCUGAUUUGCAGAACUAGACGUCGGCUUCCUUGGUGUGUUGCAACGGCAGGCUGACAAGCGUCACGGCGGCCGCGCACCACUUCUGUCUUCCCCUGAGCUUCCUGUUGCACUUCUCCUGUCUUUGUGAAUGUGGGACGGGGGAGGCGGAGGGGGGCACUUCGUCAUUUUAGGCGCAUCACACCGGACGACUCGGCUGCGGGCAGGAUGAUGAGUGCGUCAGACGACUGACAGAAACGAAAAGAGGGAAGAAGCCGCGCGCAGAAGCGCUCGAGUCGCCACGAUGUUCACCAGGGCGGUGAGCCGUCUGAGCAGAAAGCGGCCGCCGUCAGAGAUUCGGGACCAUGACAGCCACGCAAGCACAAGCCAGCACGGCCCCACAGGAACAGCCGGGUGGUCGCUGUCUCUGGAACAUCUCCUUGAGGACCCAGAAGGGGUGCGACGCUUCAGGGAAUUUCUGAAGAUUGAAUUUAGUGAAGAAAACGUUCUGUUUUGGUUGGCAUGUGAAGAUUUCAAGAAAACCCAAGACUUCAAGAAGAUGCAAGACAAGGCCAAGCACAUCUAUGCCUAUUAUUUAUCCAGUAAGUCGAGCACCCAGGUGAAUGUGGAAGGCCAGUCCAUGCUGAGUGAAAGCAUGCUGGAGCAGCCGCACCCUUUAAUGUUUGAGAAGCUUCAGGAGCAGAUCUUUAACCUCAUGAAGUUUGAUAGCUACAAUCGCUUUCUUAAAUCGGACAUCUUCCUCAAGUGUAAGAAGAUGGAGGAGGCUCCUAGCGAGGAAAUGGUGCCCAAGAGAGCCUCCAGGAUCUACAACACGUGAGAGCCAGGCAGCGGGUGGCUGGCUGUGUGGCAGCUCUUCUGAGUUCCAUGCUCAGUUUCGCUUUGUUAUUCAGAUGAACAGUGAGCACUGGUGAGUAUGGAGGCCUGUGUGCAGGAACACGAGGACCACCACUCACUCCGCAUGAGCAGCAUUUCUGUCCAGUGCUCAGUAACUGGGAGGAGCAAAUUCAUCAGUGCUGCCAGACGACAUGGACUGCAGUAACAAUGGUGACUAAUCACCUCUAGAGGAAGCAGCAUAUGGACUUGUGUGUGUGUGUGUGUGUGUCUGUGUAUCCUUUCUCCCUACGGACACCUUCCUGUCACCCACCUCAACGGCUAAUUAAACAUGCAUGCUGUUGAUUUACUGGACAACAAAACAGACUGACGUAAAACUGAAAACUUGACAGCCCCGUGUGUGCUUGUCGUGUGACGGACUGAAUGCUCCUCCUGUGUGUUGUGCUCAAAGCUGGACGCCGCCGUCAUCACAGGUGUUCUCGCUGCCAUUUUUCAACGUUGUGCGCUGUAAAUAUAUUUUCUUUUCUCAAUUUGAAA